ACGACCUGCCCUGGGGGGGUCGGGGACUGGGGUCCUCUGGCCAAGUCUGCACGGGCUGGGAGGGCUGAGCCUGAGGUAGUGAGGGGUGUCCUCAGUCCCCUCUCCGCCUCCUCCCUGCCCCUCCCCCAGCCUUUAUAGCCACAUCCUGCAAGGAAAACACACACUCCUGCCCAGCUGCCGAGGCAAAGAUGUGUGUGGGCGCUCAGCGGCCCCGGGCACCUCCGUCUGCCCUCCUGCUCCUGGGGCUCGCGCUGGGCUCCGCGGCCAAGCUCUCCUGCCCUGGGAACACCUACCCUCGGGGCAGCAAGUGCUGCAGAGAGUGCCCGCCAGGGUUCGGGAUGGAGAGCCGCUGCACCGACAACGAGGACACCAGGUGCAGCAAGUGCGAAACCGGCCACUACAAUGAGGCCACCAACUACGAGCCCUGCAAGCCCUGCACGCAGUGCAACCAGCGAAGUGGGAGUGAGACCAAGCGGGCGUGCACCACCACGAUCGACACUGUGUGCAGCUGCCGGCCCGGCACCCAGCCCCCGGGGGAGCCCAGCUGCACAGUCGACUGUGCCCCGUGCCCCCCCAGACACUUCUCCCUGGGCAACAACGAGGCCUGCAAACCCUGGACCAAGUGAGUGUCCUGGGGCUGGACGGAUCGGGCCCCUGGGACCGGGGAGCCACAUCCCCCAUGGUGGCAUCGCCCUGCUCAGCCCUGGCCCGGCUCA